AUAAUGUCAAGUGCGAAUACUAUGAGUUGUCUUUGGAAAGAAUCUAAAGAAGCUAAACCAUAUGUGAUGAGUAUUCCUAUUCCUACAGUUGAAGAAGGUCAAUUAUUAAUAAGAAUGGAUUAUGCACCAAUUAAUCCAUCAGACAUAAAAUUUCUACUAGGAUAAUCUUCAUCGAAUAAAUAAUUUCCUUGUGUUCCAGGAUUUGAAGGUUCUGGUACUGUUGUACUUACAGGUGGAGGAAUGGCUAGUUGGGGAAUGGCUGGAAAAAGAGUAGCAUUCUAUACAAAUCACGAAUAUGGAACAUAUGGAGAAUAUUGUAUUACAGAUACGAAUUUGUGUAUAGAGUUAGAUAAUGAUAUUUAAUCAAAUGAAGCUGCUUGUUCAUUUAUCAAUCCAUUAUCUGCUAUUGGUAUGUUAGAUAUUUGCAAGAAAAACAAUGUAAAAGCAGUCAUUAAUAAUCCAGGAGCUUCAUAGUUAGGAAAAAUGAUGAAUCGUCUCUUUAAAGAAAGAAAUAUUAAAGUUAUUAAUAUUGUUAGGAGAGAAGAAUAAGUUUAUGAAUUAAAAUAUGAAUGUGGAGCAGAAUUGAUAAUCAAUCAAAAUGAUCCUGAUUUCCUUAAAUAAUUAAAAAUUAUGUGUGAAGCUACUUAGGCUUCAAUUUAUUUUGAUGCUGUUGGUGGAUAAUAAAGUGGAAAUAUUUUAAAUAUUAUGCCAAAAGGAUCCAUUUUAAUGAUGUAUGGAACUCUUGAUAGUUGGUAAAUUGGAGGUAUUCAAGCUAAUGAUUUAUUAAGAGAUAAAAAAUCUAUUUAAGGGUAUUAUUAAUAUAUUCAUAUUAGAUUCUUUUUAAAUGUUUGGUUAAAAGAAUAAAACAAAUUAGAAUUAAUUAUGAUCUUAAAAAAACUCAAAAAUUUAAUUAAGUCUACCUUAAAAACUAAAAUUGCUAAAGAAGUAAUAUAAUUAAUUAUAAUAUUAGUUUCCAUUAGAUUAAUUUUAAUAAGCUGUUGAUUAUUAUAAAACACAUAUGACUGAAGGAAAAACUUUAAUUUGUUUGAAAAAAACUAUAUAAUCCAAAGAAGAAAAACAAACUUAAAAAUAAAUAUAAUCAUCAAACGGAUAAUAAUAAUAAUAAUAAUAAUAAUAAUCAACUGAAUAAUAAUAAUAAUCAAAUGAAUAGUAAUAAUAAUCAAAUGAAUAGUAAUAAUAAUUAAAUGAAUAAAAGUAAUAAUUAAAUGAAUAGUAAUAAUAAUAAAAUGAAUAGUAAUAUUAAUAAUAAAAUGAAUAAUAGAAAUAAUAAAAUGAAUAAGAAAAUUUAGAAGUACAAAGAUUAGAAUAAAAUGAAGAGUAACAUUAAGAAGAAUAAUAAUAAUAGAAAUCUAAUGAAGAUUAAGUAUUUUAAGAAGAUGAUGAGGAUUCUAAUUCAGGAUUUGGAGAAGGACUAAAUGAUUAAUUGUCAGACUGA